UAUAGGUAAAAAUACAAAAUUACGAAAAAAAAAAUUAAAAAAAAUCAUCUUUUGCAGAAGCAACUCAACAAUGGCGGAAGUGUACUUCUUCUCCUUCUUCUCUCUAAUCCUCCUCGUACCACUCUCCCUUCUCCUCCUCCUCUACUUCAUCGUCCGCCCCAAUCCAAUCCGCGUCCCAAUCAAAAACCGCCACGUGUUCAUCACCGGCGGCUCCAGCGGAAUCGGCCUCUCCCUCGCCCAUCUCUGCGCACAACAAGGCGCUGACGUCACCCUCCUCGCCCGCAGCGUCGCCAAGCUCGAGGAGGCCAAGGAGUCCAUCAAGCUCGCCACCGGCCGCGACGUCGCCGUAUUCAGCGCCGACGUCAGGGAUUACGCCGCCGUCAAGCGCGCGGUGGAGGAGGCCGGCCCGAUCGACGUGCUGGUGUGCAACCAUGGGGUUUACUUACCGCAGGAAUUGCAGGAUCAGGAACUGGAGGAGAUCAAGUUCAUGAUCGAUGUGAAUCUGACCGGGACUUUUCAUUUGAUUAAGGCCGCUCUGCCCGGUAUGAAGACGAAUCGGGCCGAGAGGGGGCCCGCUUCCAUUGCGAUUAUGUCUUCUCAGGCCGGUCAGGUUGGCAUUUACGGUUACGCAGCUUAUUCCGCCAGUAAAUUCGCACUCAAGGGAUUGGCGGAAGCUCUGCAGCAGGAGAUUAUAUCAGAUAACAUUCAUGUCACCCUUAUCUUCCCUCCAGACACCGAAACUCCCGGAUUUGCAGAAGAGAACAAGAGAAGGCCGCAGCUUACGAGCAUCAUAGCAGCUUCCUCGGGGGCAAUGAAAGCCGACGAAGUCGCCGGAAAAUCACUGGCCGGAAUCCAGUCGGGAAAUUUUAUAGUUUCUUGCAAUUUCGAGGGUUUCUUACUCUCUGUAGCGACAGCUGGUUUAUCUCCACAGAGAUCGUAUCUCAUGGCGUUUGUAGAGAUAAUGGGCGCCGGUGUGUUACGCCUUGCUGGCAUUUUUUUCCAGUGGAAUUGGUAUGGAAGUAUUGAGAAGUGGCAUGCGAAGAAGAAGUAGGGUUCUAAAUGAUCUCUAAGAAAAAUGUGCCUGGUAAUUUGUUAUUAUUGAGUUCCACUUUUGAGCCCACGAUGACGGCUUUUCGCUUCAAGAACGAAGAUUGUUUCGAUUUCUUCGAUAUGAUUUGGUUUCUGUAGCAAUGCUGUGGAGUCUUGAUAUUCAUUUUGUACUAAUUCAAAUCCUUGAAAAUAAUUUUGAAUACAAUGAAGUUCAUUGGGGAUUAUCUUUUUAUG